AUCUGAAUUUCAAGCUUUAGUAAUUUAGUUUAAGUCAGGCCCGCUUAGCUUUUAGAGUUCAACAUCAACCAAAAAUAAUGUUUCAUAUACCAGGAUUCGGAUUCAAUCGACCAGUCGGAGCUAAACAUCCUAACUGGGUUCUCAGUCAAGGUCGUUACGCCCCCCCUAACGCUGUUGUUGCGGGAGUGGGCCAUGACGGAGAACCAUUCUAUGUUGGAAGAACACUCCAUGGAAAUAAUUUAAUUCCAGGAAAAGUGAAGUUAUCUCAAGGAAAAUGCUACGUUCCUUUUGGAGGUCAAGAACAUAGUUCAAGUAAUUAUGAGAUUCUUGUUCAAACGGAGGAUAUUAUGUUCGAUUGGCUACCAGCGUCGAAUGGAGCAAUUCCAGCAGGAGCGAUCAUAGGAGGUUAUAAGUCAGACGGAAAAAGGAUGUUUGUAGGACGAGCUCUCCAUAACAAUAAACAAAUACCUGGCAAAGUCAAUGUAGAAAAUAAAUGUAUAUACAUAGCGGAUGGUGGACGUGAAAUAUCUUACAACAGCUACGAAGUACUAGUUUGUCGAAUGGUUGAUUUAUGA